AUGACCGCCUAUUCCCUGCCAAGGUCGAACACAAAGACGUACUUCUGCAGCACCUGUGGUUGCUGUAUUGGAGGACGCAACGACACAUGGACAAUAUCCACUGCGGUUUUCGACGCAAACAGAGAUGACGAGGGAAUAUGGCUGUAUAACGCACAUAUGCUCCCUGACUCUGCACCAGAUGGCGGUCUCGCAGCGGUGUUCUCGGAAAUUGACGGACAGCCACUAGAGAUCGACGAUCUGGAUGGUCGGGCUUUGCCAGAUGUCAGUCUUCCCAAGGAAUUACAAAGCAACCAGAACGAACUUCGCGCGGAGUGUCAUUGUGGUGGCGUUUCAUUUACCAUCGCCCGACCUAGCGAGGAGUUCACCGCCAGUCCUACGAGUAAAGACUGGCUUUCUGAUAUCGAUAAGAGUAAAUGGCUCGCUUGUAUGGAUAUCUGCGAUGACUGUCGCCUGGUUACUGGGACGAAUGUCGUUGCGUGGAUGUUUGUUGCACGAGAUCAUAUCAAACCUCGUCUACCGAAGGAUCUAUGCAUCGGAACGGCGAAGGGAUAUCAGUCAACUGAGGGUGUGAAUCGCGUUUUCUGCGGCGAUUGUGGUGCGACGGUCUUUUAUUAUUGCGAUGAAAGACCGCAUAUCGUUGAUGUAUCAAUGGGAAUCUUACGUGCACCUGAAGGAGCCAUGGCUGAGAAUUGGAGCGUGUGGAGGGCUGGGCGCCCUGCGUGGCCGGAAAAUGGAAUGCGAUAUCAUGCGGGAUUUAGUCGUGCGUUGAUCGAGGGAAUGAAGAGAUGGGGAGCUGAGCGUGGGCACCCGCAGGAGUUUAAGAUUCCAUGA